AUGACACACAUACUCCCUCCUCACACCGACCUCAACCUCUCACCGUCCCUACACUCCGCUUUGCAAAUGGAUCAGCAGCAACAGCACCUCCAGCAACCCCAGCCCCAACAGGCCCAGCAACAGGCGCCCCCUCCAUCGAACAAGAAACGACGAAAGGCGGACGGAAGUGAGAACGGCAUCAGCUCUCCUUCAGAACCGAGGCGUCUCAGACGCUCCCAUGAGGCUUGCGCACGAUGCAGGAGCAAGAAAAUUAAGGCAAGUCCCUGCGAUUCAAAGCAUCCAAAGUGUACCGCCUGUGCGACCGCAGGUGUUCCGUGCCAGCAGGAAGAUCGGCACAGACAGACCCUCACUCUCCGGGGUCACACCGAGUACAUAGAGCACCAGCUUGCCCUCUGCGACGCUCUCCUCAAGCGCCAUAUCCAGGGCUUCACCCUCUCCAACCUCAACGAGAUAUGUGCUCGCGACGGCGUCGACAUCGACGGUGUACCACCCACUCCACCUGACUUUCAGAACGGCCAAUCGUUCGCCCAACCCCACGCCGGCGCACCUGCCCCCGCCUCGUCUUAUUUCCCUCCUAUGGUUCCCCCCGGCUACCCACAUCCCCUCCCUAUCUACAGCCCCUAUGGCCACAUCUCCAUGGGUCCCCCAGGCACUUAUGGUCCUCACAUGCAUCCUGGCUUCCCUCCCCCUCAUCCUCAACCCAUACCUGGUCCUCCCCAUCAAAUUUCCCCGCCCUCUGCUCCCUCUCACCCACCACCUCCCAUAUCUAGUCAAGAGGUUAAGGGCCAAGAUCCCCAGUCGCUGGACAUGUCCAACACACGAGCUAUCGCGAAAAGUUUCGGGGUGAACCCCCUGAUUGUCAGCGAGAGUCAGCUCGCCAAUGCAAACGACAAGGAAGAUCUCGCGGUUGGCUCAGGGGGCCUCACAUCCGGUCGUGAUCAGGGCAUCAAUGAGGCAUCUCCCCCUCGUGAUCCUGCGAAAUGGAUCAAAAGAACCGCUCUUACCGUCCCAGUCGGGUCUCCCUCCGUGACAUCGACGCUCGCUUUUUGGCUGCCCAAGGACCGUAAAAUGGUCAACAGGAUCGUCGAGGUGUAUUUCACUCAGCUGAACACCCAUCGCCCAGUAUUCUUCCGUUCUGACUUUGAGACCCGUCUUAACGCGUUAUAUGAUGACAAAAACGUUCAGCACGACCCUGGUUUCGUCUGCAGCACGUAUCUAAUCCUGGCGCUUGGCACGUUGAGCGACUUAAAUCACAGAGUUAGUUUAAUCGACAGUGGUACGAAGGCACCCGGCGACAGCCCUAUUCUUGCUAAGAACCUGUUGUCGAGCGACUGGCCCGAGUAUUACGAGUUCUUCGAGCGAGCCCUUGCUGUCAAGCCACAUUUGCGUGUCACAAUAAGCAGCCUCCAAGCGCUUAUACUGCUCCAGUGGUAUCUCUAUACGGAGCGACAAGGUCGUUCCCUGUGGCGACUGGUAGGCAGUCUCGUCAGGCUCGCCAUUGAACUGGGUUUGCAUCAUGAUCCCACUUCACAGAGCCACACCUUUACCGAUGAGGAGGCGCAAUUGAGAAUUCGUCUAUGGGGUAUUGUCAUGGUGCACGAUCGGGGUACCUCUAUUCUUCUCGGUCGUCCACUAGCCAUCUCUCCGUCCGAUUCUAAUACACCGCAUCCCUCCCGCCCUGUGAAGGGGAACCCGAAUGAUUUCACUGAGCAUUUCCUGCUCUCGCAUCCCAUCGCCGAGAUUCAAGCAGAUAUUAUCAAUUCGCUUUAUGCUCCAGCGAGCAAAAGCGUUGACACAAUCAUGCGUCACGCUACCCGGAUCAUCAAAAGCAUGCUAGAGUUUCGACGACAGCUUCCAGAGAGUUACAAGCACUACUUCAGCGGGACUGAUGAUUGGCCACUGGAAAAGCGGCGGAAGCUUGUCCAAGACAUCACUGAAGACCAGGGAUUGACUUUACUCAAGUUCGGGAUUUCAAGAAUUUUGCUGUUGCGAGCCCUUUUUAGCUUGAAAGACCUGGAUUACGCUCAUCGGUCGAAGGCGCUGAUAGAUGCCAUCGUAACCUCGCACAACAUCAUCGUUGUCCACAACCAGCUGAUUCGGUUCCCAAACAUUGCAUUCUUCGUGUCGCCUAUCCCACUCCACAUCGCAGCCAUGGUCAUCCUCUAUGGACACAUGUCACAUUGUGAUCAUCUCACAAGACAGGUCAUGAUCGAGGACGUCUGGAUGGCACUGGACAUGUUGCCCCGCCUCCGGUGGCGUUGGGAGCGCAAGGACCUCAAUGGCGGACAUCCACUUAUCUCCAAACUCGCGGAAAAGGUACUUAAUGUCAACCUUCGAAGCAUUGGACCUACCAAAGAUCCCGUCCUUAUCCCGGAGUUGGAUUGGGAGACGGAUUGCCCAGGGGGGAGCAUGCUCGGAUCUCCAUCUCUGAUGUCUCACAGCCAGAUGCACCUACAACAGAAGUCAUCAGUGAUGGCACAUCCGCAGUACCAGAACGCCGGCCACGUGGGGCCCAGUGUGUAUGGCCCCCAGCGAACGAUUUCGCAAAACACGACACCUGUGAAAAGUGUAGGUAGUGGAUCAAGUGGCACUUCCAGUCCCGAGAAGCUUGCGGAAGUACCCGCUGGACUAUUCUAUCCCUUUUACCCUGAAAAUCCUAUGGGUGGCAACCAGAUGUCAGGCGCACCCGGUGAAGGCGGGCCUGCAAAUGGUGAUGGCAAUAACGGAGACUACACCCAUCUGUUGGCCGCUGCGGCUGCUCAACCCAAUGGAUCGUAUGGAUGCCAACCCUCUCAGGACUCGUACAUGUUGGAAGAAAUUUUGCCUUCGCACAUCCCACACAAUAAUGGACAUGCUGGCACAGCCUGGGGGAAUAUUGUGAGUGAUCCACGGUUCCCGCGUUGUCCGCGCUGA